AUGGAGCAACUUAGGAAUCCUUUUAAGGGGAUAAAAAAUGAUUUUAAAGGAAGGUUGUUGUGCUACAAAAAGGAUUGGCUUGAUACAUGUGGUUCUGGAGUAAGGAUACUUGCUCCUACUGCAUAUAUAUUCUUUGCAUCGGCUCUUCCAGUCAUUGCUUUCGGAGAGCAAUUGAGUAGGGAAACUGAUGGAAGCUUGAGCACGGUCGAAACUCUCACUUCCACUGCUAUAUGUGGAAUCAUCCACUCAAUUUUAGGUGGACAGCCUCUGUUAAUAUUAGGAGUUGCAGAACCUACAAUUAUCAUGUACACUUAUUUGUACAACUUCACCAAGGAUAGGCCUAAUAUGGGGAGGGAGCUAUUUCUGCCUUGGGCUGCUUGGGUCUGUGUUUGGACUGCUCUCCUGCUGUUUCUUCUUGCUAUAUUCAAUGCUUGCACAAUCAUCUCUAGAUUUACAAGGGUUGCUGGGGAACUUUUUGGCAUGCUUAUUACCGUCCUUUUCUUUCAAGAGGCUAUUAAGGGGUUGGUGAGUGAAUUUUCAAUUCCCAAAGGUGAAAACUCAACGUCAGAUGUUUAUCAAUUCCAAUGGCUAUAUACAAAUGGUUUGUUAGCUGUCAUCUUCUCAUUUGGUCUACUGCUUACUGCCAUUAAAAGCAGAAGAGCUAGAUCUUGGCGUUACGGGACAGGCUGGCUACGAAGUUUUAUAGCCGACUAUGGGGUUCCCCUCAUGAUUUUGCUAUGGACUGCAUUAUCUUACGGUGUACCCAAGAAUGUUCCUUCUGGAGUACCAAGGAGGCUAUUCUCUCCUCUUCCUUGGGAUCCUCAAUCGUUGCACCACUGGAGUGUGAUGAAGGAUAUGGCAAAGGUUCCUGUGGGAUACAUCUUUGCUGCCUUCAUACCAGCUAUAAUGAUAGCAGGGCUAUACUUUUUUGACCACAGUGUUGCUUCACAGAUGGCUCAGCAGAAGGAAUUCAAUCUUCAAAAUCCAUCAGCCUAUCAUUAUGAUAUCUUGUUGCUGGGCUUCAUGACAUUGCUUUGUGGUUUGCUUGGACUUCCUCCUUCAAAUGGGGUCCUUCCCCAGUCACCCAUGCAUACGCGGAGCCUUGCAGUCCUCAAGAGGCAGUUGAUUCGUAAGAAGAUGGUAAAGAGUGCAAGAGAAUGCAUAAAGCAACAAGCAAGCCAUUCAGAAAUUUAUGGAAAGAUGCAUGCGGUUUUUGUUGAGAUGGAGCCUUCUCCUACAACUGGCGUGGACAAAGAAUUGAAGAACCUAAAAGAAGCAGUAUUGAAAUAUCAAGAUGGUGAUGCAAAUGGGAGGUUUGAUCCUGAAAAAUGCAUCGACGAUCACUUGCCUGUCCGAGUUAAUGAGCAAAGGAUGAGCAAUUUGCUGCAGUCAAUAUUAGUUGGACUCUCUGUAUGUGCUAUGCCACUGAUCAGGAUGAUUCCAACCUCAGUUCUCUGGGGAUAUUUUGCUUACAUGGCCAUGGAUAGUCUUCCUGGGAGCCAGUUCUGGGAGAGGUUGCUGUUGCUUUUAAUUCCUCGAAGUCGACGCUUCAAGAUCUUGGAAGGAGCACAUAUUUCAUUUGUGGAGUCUGUACCGUUCAGAUACAUUGCAGCAUUCACACUCUUCCAGUUCAUUUACCUAUUGAUUUGCUUCGGGAUAACAUGGAUACCGAUUGCUGGGAUACUGUUUCCUCUACCAUUCUUCCUUCUUAUAGGUAUAAGAGAACAUAUUCUCCCCAAGCUUUUCCCACCUCAUCAUCUUCAAGAAUUGGAUGCAGCAGACUAUGAAGAAAUUGCUGGACAUUCAAGCCAGAGAAGGAACCUUUCUUUUAGAGAUACUGAAUUAUGUGACCCUGAGAUGGAAGAUGAGAGUGGUUUUGAUCUAUCUUCUGCUGAGAUAUUGGAUGAGAUGACGACUCACAGAGGCGAGCUGAAGCACAGGUCUGUAAGCUUCAACGAAAGGCAGUAUCAGGUUUUUCCAGAAGGUACUAGCUAA